AUGUUGUCUGUGAAGGCUGAAGCUAAAUUUGAAGCCGGCCAUUCAGUGACAGAACAGGUUCAGCCGGGAGCAGGUGAAUCACACGCCUCAGGGUCAGAGAAUCUCAGCAAGACUCAGCUGGACUUGCAGGUCAGCAAGAAGCUUACUGCGGCUAUCAUGUCUGAUGGAUCGGUGCAACAGCCAGAUGAAGGGUCUGCUGCAGCCACACCUGCUGAGUCAGUCACAGGGCUAGCUGAGGAGUUAGCAGUGAUCAUGCCUGCUGGAUCAUUAAAAGAAGUGCCAGCUGCUGACCGCCCUACUGCAUCACUUCAAGGUGCAGAUGAAGUGCCACCUUCUAUCAUGCCUACUGGAUCAAUUAUGUUGGCUAGUGAGGAGAUCACUGGAGUGGAGCCUGCUGAUUCAGGUACUCAACCGAAGAGAGUAGUGCACAGAAUAAUGCCCGUCGGGUCAGUCAUGUAUAACCGCAGAAGGCAUGUUCAAAUGAAUGCAAAUGCGGAGCCCACUGGUAUCAACCUUGUUGGAUCAGUCCCACUGCCAAAUGAGCAUCCACCCUCCGUGAUGCCUGUGGAAUCAACUCUUCAACCAGGAUCAGUUCUACUAUCAGAGGAGCAACCUGCCACAAUCAUGCCUUCUGGAUCAGUCCUAUUGCCAGGUGAGGGUCCCGCCUUCAUCAAGCCUGGUGAAUCAAACCUACAGCCAGAUGAGAGUCCAGCCUCCAUUAUGCCUGCUGGAUCAUGUCUUCUUCCUGGUGAGCAUCCAGCCUUCAUCAUGCCCACUGGAUCACUCAUGCUAGCAAAUAAUGGGCCUCCUGAGUCACUCGUUAAGCCAGAUGAAGGUCCGGCCUCUAUUAUGCCCGAUGAGUCCACUCUACAGCCAGAGGAACAACCUGCCUCAAUCAUGCCUGCUGGAUCAGUCCUAUUGCCAGGUGAGGGUUCGGCCUUCAUCAUGCCUGCAGGAUCAUGCAUGCUAGCAGAUAAUGGGCCUGCUGGAUCAUUUCUUCUCCCAGAUGAGCGUCCGGCCUUCAUUAUGCCCGCUGGAUCAUUCAUGUUUGCAGCUAAUGGGCCUGCUGCAUCAAUUGUAAAGCCAGAUGAGGGUCCAGCCUCCAUUAUGCCAGAUGAGUCCACUCUACAGUCAGAGGAGGGUCCAGCCUCCAUUAUGCCUGCUGGAUCAAUCCUACUACCAGAGGACCAACCUGCCUCCAUUAUGCCUGCUGGAUCAUUUCUUCUCCCAGAUGAGCAUCCGGCCUUCAUCAUGCCCGCUGGAUCAUUCAUGUUUGCAGCCAACGGGCCUGCUGCGUCAAUCGUUAAGCCAGAUGAGGGGCCGGCCUCCAUUAUGCCAGAUGAGUCAAUUCUACAGCCAGAGGAGAAACCUGCCUUCAUUAUGCCUGCUGGAUCAAUCCUACUACCAGAGGAACAACCUGCCUCCAUUAUGCCUGCUGGAUCAUUUCUUUUCCCAGAUGAGCAUCAGGCCUUCAUCAUGCCCGCUGGAUCAUUCAUGUUUGCAGCCAACGGGCCUGCUGCGUCAAUUGUUAAGCCAGAUGAGGGUCCGGCCUCCAUUAUGCCAGAUGAGUCAAUUCUACAGCCAGAAGAGAAACCUGCCUCCAUUAUGCCUGCUGGAUCAAUUCUACUACCAGAGGACCAACCUGCCUACAUUAUGCCAGCUGGAUCAUUUCUUCUCCCAGAUGAGCGUCCGGCCUUCAUUAUGCCCGCUGGAUCAUUCAUGUUUGCAGCUAAUGGGCCUGCUGCAUCAAUUGUAAAGCCAGAUGAGGGUCCAGCCUCCAUUAUGCCAGAUGAGUCCACUCUACAGCCAGAGGAGGGUCCAGCCUCCAUUAUGCCUGCUGGAUCAAUCCUACUACCAGAGGACCAACCUGCCUCCAUUAUGCCUGCUGGAUCAUUUCUUCUCCCAGAUGAGCGUCCGGCCUUCAUCAUGCCCGCUGGAUCAUUCAUGUUUGCAGCUAACGGGCCUGUUGCAUCAAUUGUAAAGCCAGAUGAGGGUCCGGCCUCCAUUAUGCCUGCUGAAUCAGUCCUAUUUCCAGGUGAGGGUCUGGCCUCCAUUAUGCCUGCUGGAUCAAUCCUACUACCAGAGGACCAACCAGCCUCAAGCAUGCCUGAUGGAUCAGUCCUAUUACCAGGUGAGAGUCCGGCCUUCAUCGUGCCUGUUGGAUCAUUCAUGCUAGCUGAUAAUGGGCCUGCUGCUUCACUUGUAAAGCCAGAUGAGGGUCCGGCCUCCAUGAUGCCCGAUGAGUCCACUCUACAGCCACAAGAGGGUCCGUCCUUCAUUAUGCCUGCUGGAUCAGUCUUACUUGCUAGGGAGGAGCUUGUUCCUGUAGAUCCUGCUAAAUUGGGGACUCUAGAGAAAGCAGAAAACAGAACGAUGUCUCUCAGAUCAGUCAUGUGCGUCAACAGAAAACACAUGGACCGUGCUCACUUGGAUAUCAUGAGCCAGGGGGUAACUUCUGGAAUCAGGCCUGUGAGGUCAGUUACAAACACCGAUAGUUUGAUACAUCCACAUGGAUUACCACCUGUCGGAGCGGCAGUAGUUGAAAAGAGAAGGUGGAUCCCUGGGACGAGUCUUCAGGUCACUUCCAUGACUGUAGGGGAUUCUUCUCUGACUGAUAUGUAUGUGGGCAGCAGUGGAAAGGAGAUCAUGAAGGACCUUAAUGACCGCCUGGCUUCCUAUCUGGAAAGAGUGCGUCUGCUGGAGUCCACCAACUGCAGCCUGGAGGAGCACAUCCGCGAAUGGAGUGAGACGCGGUCACUGAAGCCUCGGGACACGAGUGGAUACAUGGCGGCCAUCAGCUGCCUGUGUGAUCAGAUUCUCGCUGCCUUACAAGACAAGUCCCGUCUGGUAACCGAAGUGGACAACCUGCACCUGGCUGCCCUCCAGCUGCAGUCAAAGUAUGAGGAGGAGCGGGCAGAAAGGCUCAGCAAUGAGGCCUUCAUAAGAGACCUGAGGAAGACCCUUGAAGAGAUCACAGAAGCAGGAGUCGGCCUGGCGCAGGAGGCCCAGCAGCUGCAGGAGGAGAAGUUGGUCAUGAAGAUUAACCACAAGGAGGAUCUACUGAGGGCCAGUGGUCAACUGGACAGAGCCAUCAAUGUGGACGUGAAGCUUACCCAGCAGGACAGCCUUGGUGAGGUCAUGGACCAAGUCAGAGCUCAAUGUGCAGAUGUUCUGGAGAGAAGCCUUGAACAGCUGGACAGCUGGCUAAAGAAUACGUAUGAAAGCCACAGUCACCCAGAAGCCUGCCCAUCAGACGAGCUUCAGUCCAGCCAGGCAGAGGUCUCCUCACUGAGACGCUCUGCCCAGGUCUUGGAGAUCACCCUGAGGUCUCUGCUCAGCAUGAAUGACACUCUGGAGACGAGCCUGCAGGAGACGGAGGAACAGAACAGCGGCCACUUUGCUGAGCUGCAAGCUCUCAUACACAGGAUGGAGGCCAACCUGACGCAAAUCAAGACAGAUGCCGCUCAUCAGCAGCAGGAGUACAAUGUGCUGCUGGGCAUCAAGUCCAAGCUGGAGACUGAAAUCACAGAGUAUCACCAUCUACUGGACCAAGGGGACAAAAGAGCCCAGCACAACUAAUCAAAAACUGCAGGAUGAUGGAAGAUGGUGGGCAAUGAAUGGACCAGGAACAAUGAGCAUGUGUGCUGCCAUGGAUUUAUGACUGGGCACAUUUUACUAAUAAAUCCAACUAUUGUGCCCGC